CGAAACAUUAGGUAAUUAUGUAUUUGGUAUUUGUGCGUGCGAGCGUGCGCGUGUUUCCAUUAUUACUUUAGUAACCAUCUGCACUUGCUUAUAAAAGAAUUUAUUUUAUAUUCGAAAACUCGAUAUCAUACCCUUAGAUACACUUUUACAAUGCAUUGGUUUUGUCAGAACAGACGGUAAUUUUGAUAAUAUUCUAAAAUGAAUGAUUUCAACAAAGUAUAGUGUGCUAAUGUGUAAUAAGUCAUCAACAUAUUGCAGGUCGUGAUGGACAGCUGGCUCACGGACCAGAUUCAGUUAUUUCCAUGUUAGACCAUGCUUUCCAUUCAUACGGAUCUGGUGAGAACGACUGUAGCAUUCGUGCUGACAAUUGUUUCGGUCAAAACAAGAAUCGUUACGUUCUGGCGUAUUUUGCCUGGAGAAUCAUGGUUGGAAAACACAGAAAUAUUACAUACAUGAUGCAGAUUCCCGGACAUACUCGGUGCUUGAUUGAUGCGGGAUUUGGAAACAUUAAAAAGUUAUACCGGAGAACAGACUGUGACACACCGCAACAUAUAGCUGAAGUAGUUGGAAAGUCGUCAGUCAGCAACUUUCCUGUAGCCUAUGGUGCAGACGGAUGGAUAUGGCGGGCGUGGAAAGUAUUUCUGUCAGACAGAUUUAAAAAAGUUCCGAACAUAUCAAAAUACCACAGUUUCAGAUUCACCAUUGAACAACCCGGCGCCGUCUAUAUGAAAGAAAACGCAGACGAUAUAGAUGAAAUCCGAUUCAUCAUCUGUAAAACGCAUUACCUACCAAUGGAUGUCACCGAUAUUCCGGACGUACUGCCACCUGGCGGAUUGAGCAAAGAGAGACAGGAAUACUUGUUCCGGCACGUGAGACCACUUGUUAGGCAACCAUUUCAGGACAUACUUUGCCCGAUUCCUACUCAGACGGAAUAGAGUCGAUUAGUGUUUAGUUUAAUGCCAGUAUAGGUAAUAGACGAUUUUUUGAAACGACGUGACAAUUUAGAGUAUUGCACAAAACUUUAAACGUUACCAUGGAAACAUAUAAUAAAUUAUUAAAGCAGCUAUUAAAAUUCAUCGGAAAGUGUUAUAAUUGAAGAUUAUUUCUGACAACUUAUUCAGAAUGAACUCAACUUUUAUGUUUACGUACCCGUUUUAAGAAGCAUUAUAUGAACGUUAAAAACAAAAACUACUGUGUUAUUGUUUAAUAUUUUCCAAAACCUGUGUAACUAUCGUAUGCAGUAAGUAAGCAGACGUUCUUUCUAGUAACGGAACUUUAGUGAUUUGCGUAACAUAUUCAAUAAUCGUACUGAAUUUGAAAUGUUCCGAAGGUCAUUCCUUGAAAGUCACAUUUUAGCGAUUUUUAGGAAACAAUAUCAUACCAUAGUGUUACCAUGGAAACGAUAAAUUCUUGGUAGUAACUAUUUGCUAUUAUUCUGUAAAACCUGUGUGGAAGGGAAAGUUUCAAGUACAAUUGCCUUUAUAGAAUCAAUGAAAAGGAAACAGCUAAUGAAAUUCGAGUUGAAAAAUAUUUCAUAUAUGAUUAAUGUUCAUUACCACUGAUUGUUCUUCAUACUUCACUAGGCCUAUAUUGUUUUCUAUACUUUGUUGUUUAAGUAAUAGCUUGAUGGGAUUGACUGAACAAAAAGGACAUGUUUAUGAAUUUUAGCGGUUUCUAAAUAUCACGUGCAGAAGUAUUAAUUAGUAGCUAUUUCGAGCCUUUUUAAAAUAUCAUUUUCGCUACUAUAUUUUAAAAAGAAAACAGUUGCCAUGGAAACAGUAGCUAUUGAUUCUGAUCAUUCUGUGUUUUACUCGAAUGUUCAGUUUACAUGACAAAGAGUGUACAAGUCAAUAAUUUAAUAAUAUAAAUAUAUAUAUAUGUAUUAUUACGCAUAUAGAGAAACCGAUUGAAAGUUAUGAUAAAACUGAUUCAUCAACUUCUAAAUGCGAUAUCCAAAACCUAUGUUUUCCUGUUAAAAGGAAAUUAUUUUACAUGAAACACAUAUUUAUGCAAAAUAUAUCAUUUUCAAUGUAUUUGGGUGUCUUUUUUUUAGUGUGAGCAUUUCUUCUCGAUUUUAAUAUCAUUGAUCUCCUAAAAAGAAUUUAAUUUGUUAAUUUUGUUAUUCGUUGCUAUGACAACGAAAAUUAUAAUAAUUUUUAUUCCAGUUGCAUCUUAUAGAUUAAAAGCAUCAUUUGUGUAUAUGCUGCCGAAUAUUCAAAUAGUUGAUUCUUACUUUUUAACUGCAGAUAAUAAGCUGAUGAACUCUGUAUACUGUUCAAAAUAAAUAACUCCGAAUGAGUACUUAUUGUUGCUUUUUUGUUUUAUUAUAUCAUGUCACAAAAUAUAGCAUAUUUCCAUAAUUACUGAAGAUAAACAACUGAAAUUUCGGUUUCUGAUACAAAAUUAAGCGUUCUUUCAGAAAAUGGAAAAAAUUAAAAAACAUAAAAAAAUACCAUAAGGACCUUUUAUGCUUGACGGGG